ACGCCAUGGAGAAACCCUCAAAGGAUCGUCUCACUUUAUCUCCAGGUUGUAAAAUGGAAGAUGAGGACAUCACAGGAGAUCACAUGGAGGAAUCUGGGAAAGGUUUUUCACCCAAGUCCCGUCCUUCUGAACAUCAGACAUCGCACACGGGUGAGAAGGUAUACACCUGCUCCGAGUGCGGGAAGAGUUUUCCACGACGAUAUGACUGUUUUGUUUUACAUCAAAGAUCUCACACGGGGGAGAAGCCAUUUCCCUGUCCUGAGUGUGGAAAAUGUUUUACGAUAAAAUCAAACCUUGCAAAACAUCAAAGAACUCACACAGGUGAGAAGCCAUUUCCCUGCCCUGAGUGUGGCAGAUGUUUUUCACAGAAGGCCCAUGUUGAAUCACAUAUGAGAUAUCACACAGGUGAAAAGCCAUAUCCAUGCCCGCAGUGUGGAAAAUGUUUUACAAAAAAAUCAGACCUUGUAAAACAUCAAAGAACUCACACAGGUGAGAAGGCAUAUUCGUGCCCUGAGUGCGGGAAAUGUUUUUCACAGAAAAAUUCCCUUGUAACACAUCAAAGAUCUCACACAGGAGAGAAGCCGUAUUCCUGCUCUGAGUGCGGGAAAUGUUUUUUUCUCCAGUCCCAUCUUAACAAACAUCUGAGGUCUCACACGGGUGAGAAACUGCAUCCAUGUUCUCAGUGUGGAAAAAGUUUUAGAGAAAAAAAUUACCUUAAAAAACAUCAAAGAACUCACACGGGUGAGAAAGCAUAUUCCUGCCCUGAGUGCGGGAAAUGUUUCUCACAUAAAUCCCAUCUUAACGCGCAUCUGAGGACUCACACGGGUGAAAAGCCGUAUUGCUGUCCUGAGUGUGGAAAAUGUUUUACACAAAGAUCAGGCCUUCUAACCCAUCAAACAACUCACACCGGAGAGAGGCCGUAUUCCUGCCCUGAUUGCGGGAAAUGUUUUUCACAGAAUGCCCAUCUUAAAAUACAUCAGAGAAUUCACACGGGUGAGAAGCCGUAUCCCUGUCCCGAGUGUGGAAAAUGUUAUCCACAGAGAUCAGACCUUAAUAAACAUCAAAGAUCUCACACAGGUGAGAGGCCGUAUCCGUGCCCCGAGUGCGGGAAAUGUUAUCCACAGAAAUCGGACCUUGUUAAACAUCAAAGAUCUCACACGGGGGCGAAGCCGUAUUCCUGCUCCGAGUGCGGGAAAGGUUUUUCACGCAAGUACGAGCUUACUAAACACUGUUUGUCUCACACAGGUGAGUAGAUCCGUAGCUUAUUGGUGUAGAAAAUGUCCUUCAUCAAAGUCCAACCUUACCGAACAUCAGAUAUGCUACAUGUGGAAGAAGCCGUAUUCCUGCCCUGAGUGCGGGAAAUGUUUUUCACAGAAGUCCUAACUUCUCAAACAUCUGAGAACCCACACCACCCUUGAGGUGUAUUAUAGCCAGAUUCAGGUACGGCGGCGCAUCUUUCAGG